AUAAUUUAUUUUUUUAUUUUCAGUUAUGAGUAUAUUCUUAAUAAAGUUAGAUGUUUUCUGUGACCUUCGCCUGCUCGCACUUGGCAUAUUUGGAUCCUUAAUUAAAUAAAUUAACAAAUCAAGGUUUACAAGGACCUCAUAGCAUAACUCAACUGAACGGCUCCAGCGCCAUUGAAUAGCGACGUUCAGUUCGGUGAGCGUGUGUGAAAAAGAAGAAAAAUAAAAAAAGUAUAAUGAAGAAUUGUUUGUGGAUUUCACUCGUUUUUACAACAUUGUCGUACAGCGAGGCUCAACGAAGUUUGUUGCCACCCGUGGGACCAACAAGCUUGCGACAAAUAGUCAGAGCGUAUUUUACAAUUCCAGAAGGGAGAUCUUCCAGUUUGAAUGACAUCAGGAUAUUACAUUUUACUAAUUCGACGGAGCCGACGGGCACGUACCGGCUCGGCUCCGUCAGGAAGAUCCUCUCCGACCCUGGGUUCGAUCCCGACAAGCCCACCGUUCUGUAUGCUCAUGGCUACGUAGAGUUCACAACGGACGACAGCGUGCGCACCAUAGUGAAGGCGUACGAACAAAAUGGAGGCUACAAUAUACUGAUACUGGACUGGAGCAACAUAGCUUUUGGGGAUUACACGCUGGUGUCUUUGGGAGUUCAGUCGGCGGGAGCAGAAAUAGCCAAAGCAAUGGUGAGGCUGGUCAGAGGGGGGCUGUCCCGGGAAGGCCUGCACUUCGUGGGGCACUCCAUGGGCGUGCACCUGCUCGGGGCCGCUGCCAGGGACAUGGCGGCCGCGGGGAUCAAAGUGCCCAGACUCACAGGUCUGGACGUGGCGUAUCCCGGGUUCUACCCGCCGGUGCUGGGCAAGGCGGCGUCGCCGGCGGACGCGCAGUUCGUGGACAUGAUCCACACGGACGGCGGAGGCUACGGCGCGCCGCACGCGCUGGGCCACGCGGACUUCUGGCCCAACGGGGGCAUUGCCAAGCAGCCCGGAUGCGUUUCUGCUACCAUCUUCUUAACCUCUGAAGAUUUCUGCAGCCACUGGCGCUCUUGGGGCUACUGGGCGGAAGCGGUCGCGGGCAGCAGCUUCUGGUCGCGACAGUGCGACGACUACGACGCCUUCCUGCGCGGGCUGUGCGCCGACAACCCGCCCGUGCGUCUGGGGCCCGCCUCGGGCACUGAAAUCCGGGGCAAUUUCUAUCUUAGGACUGCGGCAACGGUGCCGUACUCGCUCGGGAAGAGAGGAGCCGAAUGAUGGAAGGUGUAUGCAUAUGUGUAAAUAGUUACAACGAAUUAGUAGUAUUUAUUUUAAUAUUUUCACAGGAAUUUACCAAAAAUAAAUUAUUACAAUCUUAGUAUUAAGAACAUCGGG